AUGCCUAGUUCAUUGAAAACAACUAAAUCUAGUGAAGAAACUGAAGACGCUGCGGCAGUAGACUUGAAUAACUCCAAUCUUAGUUUGCCAUUCACUAGUACUGGUUAUAAAAAUUCCCAGCAAAGUCAAGAAGAUGUCACAGUCGAUCCUGCUGAGAUGGUUUAUCAUGAAGCUAAAAAAAGAAAACAAAGCACCUUAGUAGCUUGUUUAGAGAGAGGCUCAAGCUUCGAAGGUGGACAAAAACAUAGUGAAAUAACACAGGCACUGAUUUACAUGAUAUGUAAGGACAAUUUGCCAUUAUCAUGUGUUGAAAAAAAAGGCUUGCAAAAACUUAUGCGCACAGCAUGCCCUCUUUAUAAACUGCCUUCCAGAAAAAAGGUAACUCAUAUGAUAGAAAAUCGAUAUAAUACCACAAAAGCAGUUCUUAUGAAAUCCUUGACUGAGCAAAAUUUUUUAUGUUUUACAAGUGAUAUACUUACUCUCACUAAUUCUACAAGGAGCUUCUUAGUAUUAACAGUUCAUUUUAUUGACAACGUUAAGGGAUCGCCUAUCCUUCAAAAUGUAAGCCUAUGUGCGCAGAAACUGACUCAGGCUCAUUCAGGACAGUACAUAAAAGAAUGCUGGGAAGAAAUUUGUGAAGAAUUUCAUAUAGACAAAAAUAAAAUUGUUGCCAUUACAACUGAUGGGGGUGCAAAUAUAGUGGCGGCAGUGCGAUUGUUUUUAGGGAACGAUCGCAGAAUUUCGUGUAUGGCACAUUGCCUAAAUCUUAUUGUUGAUGGGGUGUUGAAAGAAAAUCACGCAUUUUCAGCUCUUUGCGAUCACGUAAAGAGCAUCGUGACGUAUUUUAAACAAUCCGUAAAUGCGAUGGAUCAAUUACGCUCUGAACAAGAAGUAUCUGGAAUGCAAGAAGGGGAGGUGUUGACAUUAACACAAGCCGUCACCACAAGAUGGAACUCGUGCUUUGACAUGUUAAAAAGAUUUACCACUCUUUCUGCACUAGUAGCUAAAAUUUUAGCUACUAAAAGUCAGACAAGCCGAAAUACACCCGACAUGGUCGCAACUUCUCAAUUAAAUAUUAUACGAGAUAUUGUGGCUAUUUUAGGCCCAUUCAAAGAAGCCACGGAAGAAAUAAGUGGGGCUAAUUACGUGACUUCCAGUUUAGCCAUUCCGGUUACUGAUUCGCCAAGCAGUUGA